GGAGCAAAAGUGGCUGCUGCCCCCGAGGCUGGCUGACCUUUCGCUGCAGCUGCUACUGGACCACCCGGUCCAGAAAAACCUGGCAGGGGGCCAAAAAAGACUGCGAAGAUAAGAAAGCUCACCUGGUCAUCCUCAACUCCGCCGAUGAGAAAGCCUUUGUGACGACCCACAAACAGGGAGGUAACACCUGGAUUGGCUUGACCGACUCCAGCGGGGACUGGAAGUGGGUGGAUGGAUCGGCCUACACCGUGGACCCAAAGGACUGGGCUGAAGGCCAGCCAGACCACUGGUACGGCCAUGGCGCUGGGGGCGGGGAGGACUGCGCCCACAUGAGGCAGGACAGCCUUUGGAACGACAACAUCUGUGCCGCAUGUUCACCUGGGUGUGCGAGAUGGAGCUGGGCAUCUGAAUAACCCCACAGCCAGGCCCAGAUCCCUUGG